AUGUCUUCCUCGGACAGAGACCCGAAGCCAGACGUUUUCUCUUCUCUGGUGGCGGAAGGAGGCUGGCUGCACCAGAAGGGACAGAACCGGAAGGCCCUGGACAGCUUCACCAAGGCUCUGGCUCUAAAUCCUGACGACAAGAACUGCUACGUUGGUCGAUCCGGAUGUUACCUGAAGAUGGUGCAGUAUGUCAAAGCUUUUCAAGAAGCCGAAGCCUCACUGACAGUGGACCCAACAUUCCAUGAGGGAAUACACAUGAAGGCGGAGGCGUUGUACUACAUGGCAGAGUUUGAAUUUGCGCUGGUGUUUUACCGCAGAGGACAAAAGCUGCAUCCACUAAGCCAUGAGUUCAGACUGGGCAUCCAUAAAGCACAGGAGGCCAUAGAGAACUCCAUCGGCAGCCCGUCCUCUGGACAACUGAAGAAUGAGGGAGACCUUGUCAUGUUUCUGAAUGUCUCACAGGAAAAAAGAGCUCCGCCAUUUUCUGCGAUUCAGGAUCUGACAAAGGAGGAGAAACAACAGACUCCGAAAACCCCGAAAAAGGAGAAGGUGAAAAAACAGAUCCUGGGAGAGCUAUACGAUGACAGGAAAUUCCUGGAAAGUCUGAUGAAAGAUGAAGAUUUAAUGAAACUUCAAAUGAAGGACGGCGAGCAGCUGGGGGACAGCAUCCAGAGCUGCAUCUCGCGCCUCGACAUCUGCGUCGAUUUCUGGCUGCAGGAGAAUCCGAGCUGUGUACAAGAAAAGAACCAAAAGGUCCCGCAGCAAAAACCCAGCAAGCCUCGUCACAGUGCGCCUUCUGAGCAUGCUCAGUUUCUGAUGAAGAGCCUGAGUGACAUAGAUGCAGAGUUGGAAUGUGGAAAUGCAGAAGUCAGCCUGAAGAAGGCUGAAGACGUGAUGAAGAUCGUACAGAGGUGUUCGGAGAAGGAGGUUCCUGAUAAAAAACAGAUCAUGGGUAGCCUGCACAGCUGCAUGGGAAAGGCUUGGUUUGACCUGGGAGACAUGGACAAAGCUUUGGAGCAUCAUCAGAGGGACCUGGAGGUCGCUGAGCAGUGCAAACUCCCAGAACCAAUGUCCAGAGCUCUGGAAAACAUGAGCCGCGUUUACACUGAGACCGGACAGUUUGAACUCGCUGUUGACUGCUGGCAAAAGAAGGUUCCUUUGGUUCGCGGGGCUUUGGAGAAGACGUGGCUGUUUCAUGAACUCGGUUGCUGUCACGUGAUGCUCGACCGACUUGAAGAAGCUCGAGACUUCGGCCUGCAAUCAGCCGCCGCCGCCGCCGAAGCUGCAGAUGAGAAUUGGCAAAUACAUGCCAAUGUUUUGGUUGGACUAUCAGAAUCGAAGCUCGGAAACUUUGAAUCCGGCAUCUCUUACUUUGAAAGAGCUUUGACUCACGCCCAACGUCAAAAAGACGACGCCGCCAUAAAUGCCGUUCAGAAGGUUCCUCUCUGCCGUCAUGAGCCUCACUUUGCUGCCUUUUUAGCUCCAUUUAAAGACAUUUAUAAAAGAGGGGCGGGUGCAUGUGGAGCUCCAGGACUGCCGUGUCAUUGUAUCCACAGAGGAACGCGUGGUCAGCGGCUCCAGCAGCUCCUCCGCAGCAGCAGCAGCCCGACCGGUACGUGGUGGUGUGUGAAGUUGGACUUUAAACCCGACAUGGAUGCUGAAAAGAGCAACGAGGUUUCGGAGACUGUAAUGGAAAACGAGGUUGCAUCAAAAGUGGAGACGCCAGAUGAGUCCACGCAGCCUGAGAACCCACCAGCUGCUGAGGAAGAACCAGGUCAGUCGGCGGUGAACGGCGACAACUCAGAAGUCCCGAACGAGAAAGAAACCGAGGAACCGGUCGCCACAGAAAAUGUGACUCCGUCUGAGGAAAAACCAGAAACGAAGGAUGACGACAGCUCGCCCAAAGAACAGGAUGAGUCAUCUGAAAAGAUCUCUGACCCAGUUGCAGCUUUAGACGCUGAAACGCCAGAAAACACUAAACAGCAGCCAGAGCCAGAGAAUGACCCAGAGCCGCUGGCAGAGAGCAUCCCUGAACCGGAGCCAGAGAAAUCGGCAGAAUCGGUUCCAGAAGCCGAACCACGAGAGCAAACGUCACCUAAACCAGUAGAUACACAACCGCCCAGCCAGGAGGACGCUGAGAGAGGACUGGAAACCACGAUGGAGGCAAACAGCGAAGUGGCCGCUGAGCCCAAAGAGGUCGGAGAAGCAGCGGGGACUGUGUUGGUGACCGAAGCUGCAGCGGUGAAGUUGGAGGCGCCGGCUGAAGAUGGACAACCUGCAGAGAAGGAUAAAUCUGAAGAGAAAGAAGCCCAGGCGGCGGCAGAACUCGAGCAGAAAGAAGAAGAUCCGACCCCUGCGUCCGGCUCCUUGUCUUUCGCUCUGUUGGAACAGCAGCAAACCAAAGACGCUCUGCGAAUCUCCCGCACCCUCGUCGUCCUCAGAGGCCUCCCAGGCAGCGGGAAAAGCUUCUUGGCUCGUGCCAUCGCCGACGCCUACCAGGACCACUGCUCCAUCAUCAGCGCCGACGACCACGGGAUCAAGCCGGAGAGUCCUUCUACGGACGGGUACCAAGCUCUGGACGAAGCCGUGGUCGCCCGCUGCAGCGAUGCAGCAGCUUCCUCCUCCGUGCUCAUCGUGGUGGACGACACCAACCACACCCAGGACCGGCUGGCCCGCCUGGGGGAGAUCGCCGUGCAGAACCACCUCGUCGCAGUCUUCCUGGAGGCUCAGACUCAGUGGAGCAGAGAUGUGGCAGAGCUGAGCAAGAAGACCAGACGUGGGCUGCAGGAGGCCCAGCUGGAGGCCAUGAAGGCCCCACUGGAGGAGGUGACCCUUCCCCUGUUCUUCGGCUGGUUCCUGCUGUCGUCUGUCCAGGAGAAGGUUCCCUGCACGUCGAUGGACUUUCUGAAGACACUGGACACCUUGGAGGCCUUCAAGAAACACCUGGUUGACUUCACGGGAAAAGCUGAGAAGGAAGUGGACCUGGAACAGUACUUUAAACCCCAGGGAGCUCUGCAUUGCACUACAAAGUUCUGCAACUAUGGAAAAGCUGAGGGUGCCAAAGAGUACGCAGAGAAUCCGGCUGUUAAAGAGUCCUACGGUUCUGCCUUCGAGCUCUCCCUGACCGCUCUCUUCGUCACUCCCCGCACCGUCGGCGCCCGAGUGUCGCUCACCGACGAGCAGCUGAAGCUGUGGCCGGCCGACGCCGAGAAGGAGGCGGCGUCCGUCGUGCCCGCCGCCGCCUCCCUGCCUCUGGGCAGCCGCGCCCACAUCACCCUGGGCUGCGCCGAGGGCGUGGAGCCGGUCCAGACGGGCCUGGACCUGCUGGAGAUCCUGGCGCUGCAGCAGGAAGGCCAGGAGGGGGAGCCGGCCGAGGAGAUGGAGCUCGGAUCGCUGAAGUACUACGGCGAAGGAAGGUGGCUGCUCAGCCUCCGCGAGCCCGUCUGCGCCCCGGCCUGCUUCUCCAGCUUCUACGGCCCCAAGGAGUCCGAGCCGACCAAAAAGGAACCAGAGAAGAAGAAGAAGCCAAAGUGCAGCAUACUGUAAAAGGGCAAAACAUGGCGGCAGGGGGGAUGUGUGGUCUACAGGUGGAUUCAAACUUAGCUGUGUGCAAGGUUUGUGAUAGGGUUCCACGAGCUGUGUGCCUUUUUUCUUUUUUCUUUUUUUUACCGUUGAUUUGCACCACAACCCAAGAUGCCUUUAAUCCAGUUGGGCUUGUCGUCGAUAUGGUUCAGUAUUUUCAGUACCCGGUGAUCCGCUGAGGUCUUGUUUAGCUGCAGUGUGACGUAGUGUAGCCGCCUCCACUCCCACAGCUCCACAGUAAUCCUUAGAUUCCCUCCUCUCAGUGUUACAAUACUCCAAUGUGAUAAUAAACUAGCUACUCUCAUUGCAUGCAUCAUUAACGCACCUGCAGACAGUCUGGAGUUUCCCCCUCGGCGUAGUUGUAAGUAGCAGUCCUCUCUCUCUGUGUGUGUGCAGCCUAGGAAGUCGUUGACAGUAGCAUACGGGCCAAAGUUAUCUAUUUGAUUAAGUGUAUUAGAAUGAAUGUCAUCUAUAGAGAUCCUUCCUUGUAAAAUCUUUGCACUGUGCAUCGUUUGAAAGGGGAGAAUGCUGUUUUGGCGUUUGUUUUUUCAGCAGCUUGCACUUAUCAAAUGCUGUGAAUCCAAGUCCAUGUUUUGCAAUCUUUUUCUACUGCGCAAGACUGCACCAUCGAUCCCUUUUAUCCUCUUUAAAAAGCACUUCAUGUAUUGAUUUGUAUCCUGUGUGAUUGUAAUUUUUUGAAGGGUGAGUCCUACUUUGUGUAGCUCUUAUGAAUCACUAUUUUUGCACUUGUUUUGUACACUUAAUAAAAAAGAAACAUGCUUUGCUCCAGUAA